UAAAUAGCAACCAUAUAACCUGAACCACUGACAAAAAAUGGCCUGUAGCGGAAUGCUGUUGGGCAUGCUGCUUUUUGGCAUUUUAGCCAGUCCAAAUGUACAACUCCUGAAGGCCGACGGGCUCUGCUCUGCAGCUUAUGACUACAAAGAUGCACUCAGUAAAGCAAUCAUGUUUUUCGAAGGACAACGAUCGGGAAAAUUGCCUGCAGACCAGAGAGUAAAAUGGAGGGGAGACUCUGCACUCUCUGAUGGCAAACCAGAUAAGGUGAGACUGAUGGGAGGAUACUAUGAUGCGGGCGACAAUGUAAAGUUUGGGUGGCCGAUGGCAUUCAGUGUCAGCUUAUUGAGUUGGGCUGCCGUUGAGCACCAGAAAGAGAUAUCUUCAGUCGGUCAGACAAAUUAUAUCCACAGAGCAAUCCGUUGGGGUUCUGAUUUCAUAUUAAGAGCUCACACUUCACCUACCACUCUCUACACUCAGGUAGGAGAUGGAGAUAAAGAUCACCAGUGUUGGGAGCGCCCCGAAGACAUGGACACUCCUCGAACACUCUACAAGAUCACUUCCAAUUCACCAGGCACAGAGGCGGCGGCUGAUGCUGCAGCUGCUCUUUCUGCUGCUUCGAUUUUCUUUAAAGGUGUUGAUUCCAACUAUUCUGCCAAUCUAUUAAGCCAUUCGAAAUCGCUGUUUGAGUUUGCAGACAAGUAUAGGGGGUCUUACCAGGCUUCUUGCCCAUUCUACUGCUCUUACUCCGGCUAUCAGGAUGAGCUGUUAUGGGCUGCGGCGUGGCUAUACAAAGCCAGUGGACAAACCAGCUACUUGAACUAUGUAUCGAACAACCAAGGCUGUAGUCAGGCCUCUUCCGAGUUCAGUUGGGAUAACAAGUUCGCAGGAGCUCAGACAUUACUGGCAAAAGAAUUUUAUGGUGGGAAGUCAAACUUGGAGAAGUUUAAGGGCGAUGCUGACUCCUUCGUAUGUGCACUGAUGCCAGGGAGUGGCUCAGUUCAGAUCCAUACCACCCCCGGUGGGCUUCUGUAUACUAGAGAUAGUAGUAAUCUGCAGUACGUUACAAGCGCUUCCAUGGUGCUCUUAAUCUACUCCAAGAUACUUAAUGCAGCUAAAAUUCAGGGAGUCCAGUGUGGUUCUGCACAUUUCUCCCCAUCUCAAAUCAAGGCCUUCGCAAAAACACAGGUCGAUUACAUACUAGGAAACAACCCCAUGAAGAUGUCAUACAUGGUAGGAUUCGGCAGCAAAUAUCCAUUGCAGUUGCACCAUAGAGGUGCAUCCAUCCCCUCGAGCCAAGCUUACCCGGCCAAAGUAGGGUGCAACGACGGCUACUCAACCUGGUAUUCUUCUUCCAAACCAAAUCCAAAUACUCACGUGGGUGCAAUCGUUGGAGGCCCCGAUUCCAACGACCACUUCAACGACUUGAGAUCGGAUUACUCUCACUCGGAGCCUACUACGUACAUGAAUGCUGCUUUUGUGGGUUCGGUGGCUGCUUUGCUUGGUGGAAAUGGAGACGACGAUCAGUGUCUGCAAAUGCCGCAAGAUGUAGAUGGAAUCAUAAACAAGGCAGUCGAAGUUUUCUAGCUUACUUAAAAAGUCUGAAUCUAACUAUAAUCAGCAUAAAAAUAAACGUCUACUCAUGGAUUAAGGGGCACUGUAGAAUUAAUUGUACCUCGUCUAUAUAUGAUGUAAAAAGUUGGUCAUUGUAAGAAGUUCAUAUUAAACCAUAAAUAUCGUAAUGUACAACUUAAUAUCCAUCUCGAAACUAAUUGGCAAUGAAGGGAGAGGGAGCUGGCCAGGUUCAUAUACUAGUGUUCGAGGUGAUAAAAUAACCCAUGUGGGACAAAUUCCAACAGUGCGCUCUACUGUUUUAUGAAGAAGGAAUAUAUACAUGUUGGCCUGUAAAAUUCAGGAUUGAUGAAAAUAGCAAAACAAUUGGACGUGCUACUUGAAUUUGUUUA